AUGGUAGCCAUUAGGAGUAUAGAUGCCCACGAACACCCUUCAGCUAGGCUACGGCAGCAGUACAAGGCCUUCCGUGCGCUGAAGGUCGCUGAUAUCGACUCUCACCCCGCGAUCAUCGACCUGCGACGAGACGGUGACGGCAGUAGUCUACCUGAUGGCGUAUCAUUAGACAGAUGGCUGGCUCCGGAGCCACUGGAAACUGUUUUUGACCAGUUUAUGGGAGGAUGCGUGGUCCAAGGUGUUCCUCAGCCAGCGGCUGAGCCGCUUCCGGUAUACACACAUCGAGACAUACCUGGCCUCGAGGUUAUCCCUUCGGUGCUUCCGCCAGGGGUACAGGUAGAGCUGUUAUCGCGGUUACUGCACCGUGACCUGUCCGACCAGCGGCACCAGACCAACCUCCACCUGCACUAUAACGUCACCUACCCAAACGCAGCCUCAUGUUUGCCCGGUAUCAUGCAGGCCAGUGACAGGCCGUCCUUUUUCGAGGAUACGUUGAGCCGCUCCAUCUCGCCCAAAGAUAGCUCCGUGCACACCCCGCUUACCGUUCAAUCGAUACUGAAUCGCAAGCUUCGAUGGAUGACACUUGGGGGCCAGUACGACUGGACUGAGAAGCGUUAUCCCGCCGGCCCUCCUCCACCGUUCCCCUCCGACAUAUCCUAUCUGCUUCGGGGUAUCUUUCCAGCCACGCAGCCCGAGGCGGCAAUCGUUAACGUCUACUCGCCGGGGGACACGCUACACAUCCACAGAGAUGUCAGCGAAGAAUGUGAUACUGGUUUGAUAAGCAUCAGUUUCGGCUGUGAGGGGCUUUUCAUGGUCAGCCAUGCUGAUAAUUCGGACUUGGCCGUCAUCAGGCUCCGCUCAGGCGAUGCAGUCUACAUGGACGGCGCAUCCAGAGUGUCUUGGCAUGGUGUUCCCAGAAUCCUACCGGAUACCUGUCCCAGCUGGCUGCAAGACUGGCCUGGAGAUGCGAGCAAAGAGGGAGAUAGCAAGUUCCAGCAGUGGAAGGGCUGGAUGGCUGCCAAACGAGUCAACUUAAACGUGAGACAGAUGAAGCCGUCGAACCCAAUCGGCUGA